ACUUGAAGAUGCUUUAACCUGUCCGAUGAAAUGGUAACGAGAAAUACUGAAAUACGCAUGAAAACGUCUGUUACAAGAAGAUAAGACCCUAUUCUAUUUCUGUCCUGUGUAGACAGCGUUUUUAUAAGUACCUUGAAACGAAGGGUAGUUAUUCAUAAUUUGAUACGAUCAACGAAUAAAGAUGGAAAUAGCAAAAAUAUCUGGCGACAAUAGUGUAAACUUUCUAAUUAAUGGAGCACUAUAUUCAAUAUUCAAUAACAGUAUACCCGCUGACACGUCUCUACUCGUCUUUAUCCGCGAAUAUGCGGAACUUCGAGGCACUAAAGCGAUGUGUUAUGAAGGGGAUUGCGGUGCCUGUAUCGUAAAUGUAAUAUUCAAGGACAAAAGUAUAGCUGUGAAUUCAUGUCUUGUACCAGUACUGAUUUGUGACGGAUGGAAUAUUUAUACGAUUGAAAGUAUAGGAAACAAGUCAGACGGUUAUCAUAAGAUUCAAACUGAGCUUGCUGAAUGGAAUGGUUCGCAAUGUGGAUAUUGCUCACCUGGCAUGGUGAUGAAUUUGUAUAGUCUCGGGUUAGAAAAAGCUAUGUCUAUGGAGCAGAUUGAAAAUUCAUUUGGUGGCAACAUUUGUCGAUGCACUGGAUAUCGCGCAAUUUUGAAGGCUUUUAAGACAUUUGCCAUCGAUGCUGUUUCAAUGGAAUCGAAGGCCGUUCACGACAUUGAGGAGUUACACAAAGCUAAAGCUUGCCUGGAAUACAAAAUGCCAUGUGCACGUACUUACUACGAUAAGCAGCAUUCUGAUGGAAUCAAAAUUUUGAGCAUAAAAUUAGAGGACGCGUGCUUUUACAAAGUUACUACAGUCGAGGCUCUAUUUGAGUUAUUAAAAAGCAAUCCACAUGCAACGUAUAUAUUAAAUGGAGGAAAUACUGCACAUGGUAUUUAUCGUUCGAGCAAGAAAAAUAUGUACAUUGAUAUAAACAAUAUUCCAGACAUGAGUAACAUUACAAAAACUGAUUCGACUUUGGUACUAGGAGGAAAUGUAACCCUUACCAUGGCAAUGCAGGCAUUCCAGAAAUAUUCAAAAGAAAGCGGAUUUAAAUAUCUACGUCAAUUGAACAAGAACAUGAAAUUGAUCGCAAAUGUUCCCGUACGAAAUAUUGGCACCAUAGCGGGGAAUUUAAUGUUAAAACACGAGCACAGAGAGUUCCCAUCCGAUUUGUUUUUGAUGUUACAGACUCUCGGUACUCAGGUACACAUCCUGGAAAGUCCCUCUCAGAAGCAAAGUUUAUAUCUGUGGAAAUUUCUGAAGCUCGACAUGCACCAUAAACUCAUUUAUAGCAUUGUAUUACCAAAUCUUACUGAUCAGCACAUAUAUAGAUUCUAUAAGGUCAUGCCUAGAGCCCAAAAUGCUCGCGCUCAUGUCAACGCUGGCUUUCUCUUCAAAAUCGAUACCGACGGCAAAGUGUUGGAAUUACCUGACAUUAUCUUUGGUGGCAUUAAUAAAGAUUUUUAUCACGCAAAUCGCACGGAGGUUCUAUCGUUGGAUAAAAAAAUGUUUGACCAGCAAGACUUAAAGUCACUGUUACAAAUGUUAUCUGUGGAGCUACAACCUGAUCAUAUGCUCCCGAAUUACUCACCAGAAUUUCGCAAAAUUCUUGCCAUAGGAUUAUUUUACAAGUUUAUGUUAAGCAUCAAACCGGAGAUAAAACCUUUUUAUCGUGGUGGAGGCACUUCAUUAAAACGAAGUCUCUCUUCAGGUAAGCAAAAGUACGAUAGGAAUUUCGACGAGUGGCCAGUGAGUGAGCCUAUACCAAAGUUAGGAGCUUAUGAACAGGCAGCAGGUGAAGUCCGAUAUUGCAAUGAUCUGGGUCCGUAUCAUGGAGAAGUAUUUUGCGCUUUCGUUGUUGCCAAAAUCUAUAGAGGCAUGAUCAAGAGUAUAGAUGCAAGCGAGGUGCUUCAAAUGAAGGGCGUAAUAGCGUUCUUCAGCGUCGAUGAUAUACCGGGAAGGAAUUUGUGCAUUUCUGCCGCCAGUAAGUUGACGUCCUUGCCAGAGGACGAAUUGCUGUUCGCUGAAAAGGAUGUUUUGUACGCCGGUCAACCGGUCGGCGUAAUAGUCGCGGAAACGCAUAAUUUAGCGAAUGAGGCUGCGGAUUUGGUACAAAUUAUAUAUAACACACAUGAGAAAAAUCCGGUAAUAAGUAUUGAGGAUGCUAUUAAUGCGAAUGAUAAAACUAGAAUCAGGGAAACCGUCAAUAUUCCAGCAAAGAGGAAAGGAACCGAUAUUAAAUACGUAAUAAAGGGUGUCUUCCAAUGUGGUAGCCAAUAUCACUAUACCCUAGAAACUCAAUCCUGCGUAUGCGUUCCUGUGGAGGGUAAUAUGAACGUCUAUCCAUCGUCACAAUGGAUGGAUCUCAUUCAAGUAUCGAUUGCUAAUUGUCUUAAUGUCCGGAGUAGUAGGUGGAGCUGCUAUUUAACCGAUACUUGGACGUUGAUUGGAUUCGACGUGAGAACGGACUUACCGUCAAACACGUUUUGUCGGGCGUCAGGAUCUACGGAAGCCGUGGCUAUGAUCGAAAAUAUAAUGGAGCAUAUUGCAAAAGUGACACAAAAAGAUUCUGUAAAAGUCAGAUUGGCAAACAUAAAUGAUGUGGAUAAACCUGUUUUAACAGAUAUGAUGGAUGAUUUGAUGGCAAAAUCCAAUUAUUUGAAGAUCAUGGAGGAUACUCAGUACUUCAAUGCAAGAAAUCGUUGGAUGAAAAAGGGAAUUGCUCUGGUACCAAUGAAAUACUUGAUAACAUAUGAUAAAGGACAAUACAACGCAAUGGUGUCGAUAUGCGCUCGCGAUGGUACGGUAUGCGUGACACAUAGCGGUAUUGAGAUCGAUCAAGGUAUACAUACGAAGAUUGCUCAAGUAGCAGCUCGUACAUUAAAAAUCGAUAUUCACAAAAUCACCAUUAAACCAAGCAGUAAUUUAACGGCUCCCAACGCGUCAACUACAGGACACAGCAUUACCACGGAAAACUGCGGAUACGCAACGCAACAAGCUUGCAUACAAAUUUUGAAGAAACUGGAGCCAAUAAAAAAAAAAAUGGGAGAAACAACGUGGGAGAAGCUUAUUUUUGAAGCGUAUCGAGAAGGCAUUGAUUUGUGCGAACGUUACAUGCUGGUUACUGGACUAACGGAAGAUAAGAAAUCUUAUCCUGUUUAUGGUGUUACCAUUGCCGAAAUAAAAAUCGAUGUGCUGACCGGUCAGCAUAUUAUUAGGAGGGUUGAUUUGAUGAUUGAUAGUGGUCUAAGCUUGAAUCCACUAAUUGAUGUCGGUCAGGUGGAAGGAGCUUUCGUAAUGGGAAAAGGAUUCUGGACAUCUGAAGAUCUGGUGUACGAUCCUGAAACAGGAAUAUUAAUGAAUAACAAAUCAUGGAAUUAUAAUGCACCAGGAGUGAGGGAUAUUCCAGAAGAUUUCCGUGUAUACUUACGCAAUAACAAAGUCGACGCAAUUGCUAUCUACGGUUCAAAAUCGAUCAAUGAAGCACCGCUUUGUAUGAGUUACGUAAUUCCAAUAGCGAUCCGCAAAGCAUUGGAUUCUGCUCGAAUAAAUGCAGGAAAUAACGAAUGGUAUCAAUUGGAUGGACCGUGUACUACCGAACGUAUACUUCUAAAUACUUUAACUAAA